AUGUUGUGGUUUUCUUAUUUGCUUUCUCUAUUUUUGCUAAUUUCAGGACUCAGAGGCUGCAAGAGGAAAAAAAUAAAAGCAUAACUGACACACUUAGGAAGCGGGAACUGAAUAUAAAGAGCAUUGAGGAGAGCUAUGACCAGAAGCUCAAGAAUGAACUUCUCAAGUAUCAACUUGAACUAAAGGAUGACUAUAUCACCAGAACGAACAGGCUGAUUGAAGAUGAAAGGAAGAAUAAAGAAAAAGCUAUACGUUUGCAAGAGGAGCUCACAGCUAUUAAUUCAAAAAAGGAAGAAUUUAAUCAUUCAGUAAAUCGUGUCAGAGAGCUUGAGCUUGAGUUAGAGUCUGUCAGAGCCCAGUCUUUGGCAAUAACAAAGCAAAACCAUCUGCUGGAUGAAAAGGUGAAAGAGAUGAGUGACUAUUCGCUACUGAAAGAAGAGAAACUGGAGCUUCAGGCACAAAAUAAAUUACUUAAACAACAACUGGAAGAGACUAGAAAUGAAAACUUGCGUCUCCUAAACC